AAUUAUUUAGUUAAUAAUAUUAUUGAAAUAAACGAAAAGUUUGAUAAUGAAUCAUAUGGACGAUUGUUUUGCGGGUGCGCGUCAGGAUUUUCUCAUAUGCAUCACAGUGCAUAAGGCGGCGGAAACAGGCGUGCCCGUUGGUGAACUCUAUGUGAAAAUCAGUUUAGAUAAAAUGUCUAAAAAUACGAAAACCCAAGCGAAUUCAGAGAAUCCAUUCUUCAACGAGUAUUUUGUAUUUGAGUUCAACUGUACGCUCACGGAGCUCUUGCGCCUGACCGUGCUCUUCGAGCUGAAAAAGUAUAUGAUCUAUAAGAAGAACGUGCUUGUGGGUGAGUUGAUGAUUGACCUGCACAGCGUGUGGAACCAGCCGAAUCACAGCUACUUCAAGCGAUGGGGUCGCCUGGAGCUGCCCAUCGGGGAGCACACCCCGGAGCACGGCAAUAGGGAGAUGGGCGGCUACUUGCAAAUUGACUUGGCCAUUGUAUCCCAGCACAGCGCCCUGAAAACAGGUCUAGGCCCGGAUCAGGAUGGUGCAGCGGAUGCCGUUGUCAAGUGGCCAACGCAUCACGACUUCGAUGACAUUAAGGGCAACCUGCUGGAGGACACGGACUCGGAUACGUUGAGUAACAUUCGGUAUUUCAUCAGCUUCUUUCGUGGCAUCUUUACGAAGAAGAGCAGCUACCUGAUACAAGUAUCGUUUGCUGGCUUCAAAGGCAAAACGCACGUGGCCAAAAACACACUGACCCCCGUGUGGAACCAAGAGAUCAGCUUCGCCUGGGUCUAUCCGUCGUUGGCCCAACGGUUUCUCAUACUGGUUAUUAUGCAGGAGCAUCUGCAAUGGAAAUGCGUCGCCGAAUACGAGAUGUCCUUCGAGGAUAUUGCAUUUAAUGACAAACCCUCCUUUGGACCGACAUAUCUACAUCUGUACGAUCCUGUCAGCCCCAUGAGCUAUGUGGGUCGCCUUCUGAUGGAACUGCGCUCCGAGACACUAGCCGAAGGUCAGCCCACCCAUGUGCUGAUCUCACAGUCCGUGCCAGCCCCAACAAACUGGACCGAUAAGCCAUUUAUUGUGGAAUUCUUGCCCAUACUGGGCGAUCAAAUACACUCCACUGCCAGUCAGUAUAAGUUCAUGGUCAGGCUGGCGGAGAGUGUUUCCAAUGUGCUCGAGGGUCCGCUAAAGACGCCGCCGGGCAAGUUCCACUCGAUGAUGCACACGAAAUGCUUUCGACAGGAGUCGCCCUUCCAUUCCUGCCUGCUGGAUGUCAACCUACCCGAUAAUCGCAUCAAGUUUGAGGCUGAUUUCUUUAUGAUCGACAUAGUUAACUACAUGCGCUCCGAAUUGACCGUCUUUAAGACCUUUCAGCUCAAGUUUCCCGAUCGGUUGCAACAUCAAGCCAAGUGCCUGAAGCAUAUCAUAAACAGCACCUUGGAAAAAAUCCUAGACAGCGUCCAGUUACAUCGAUUCGACUAUGACUUGGGUGCGGAGUGCACCAGCUGGGACGUGAAUAGGCAGCAAUAUUUGCUCGAGUACUUUAAGAAGGUGCCCCGUGAAUUGCGAGCUUUGCGCCAGAAGCUAAAGUCCAGCUAUCCGGAACAUCUGCAUGCCACCAUUGGGGACAUAGUGAACGAUCUGAAUCGUGUUAUUGGCGAGAUCAGCGCCCUGUCCAAUCUGAUGCAUGUCCAGGACGAUUGGCCGGAGCUGUUGCUCAGCUUGCAUGCGGGUGGCAAGGAGAUCGGCGUCUGCCGGCUUAACGCCAAGCACUUUCUGAGCCUGCAGAAACGCGAGGUCAACCAGGCGAACAACCAUUGCUGGAAGGUCAAGAGCUUCCUGUUCAAGAGCCCCAACUGCCUGCACAACUGUGCCAAUUGCGGUUGCAAUGUGGGCAUUGUACUUGGCUGCGUGUCCAUUGUGCCAGAGCGUGAGCGGCAUGAGUUCUUCUCCUGCAUUGCCGGGGAGUGGGCCUCGCCGGAGCCGAUGGCCUGGCUGCCGAACGUUGUGCAGACCUUCUUCCGCUGUCACGUCUAUGUGCAUCAGGCCAAGGUGCGGCCGUCGGGCAUGGAGAACCGCAUCAUCUGCGAUGGACAUGUACGUGUUGUCUUUGCGGCCCAAGCCGCCGAGACGCACACAACUCCGGGCACCUGCUCGCCCAUCUGGGAUGCUGUGAUCACCAUCAAGGGGCUGACCUUGCCGGGCAGCAUCAGUUGGUAUCUGCAGAAUCCGCCGAUGAUCGGCGUUGAGCUGUUUAAUUCCGAAUACGACGCCGUGGGCAGUGGACACAUUGUGGUGAGUGUCAUCGCGGACGACAACGACAUGGAGAACAGUCGCGGCGAUGAGAGCCGCUGCUGGGGCCGCAGUCCAGUGCAUAAGAUGAAAAAGCUAAAAAAUGUCUCGCCGCCACCACUCAAAUGGGUGUCGAUGGCCAAGAAUGGCAUGGUCCAGGCCGAGGUGCUGAUGUCUGUGGAGUUCAAGGAGCUGGUCGGCGACUCCCAGGCCAAUGGUGACAAGCAGUCGGAACUGAUCGUAGGCAUCCCACCGGCCAUACGACCCAACGUACUCAACUACAUACUCGAGGUAAUCUUUAUCGGCCUGCGCAACUACACCAAGAUGGGUAUGACCAUGGCAGGUAAGCGACGUGCCAAGGUCAUUAUGGCCGAUCUGGUCCUCUCCAGCGGCCUGUCUACAUCGCGCGUGCGCAACAGCAUCAACUUUCUUGUGGCCUAUGCCUCGGGCGUCGUGAGCCUGCCCGAUCAGCAGGAGUACUGGCCGGCCAUGAUAGCUACCGACGUAAUGGUGAACACCUUCUGCAAUGAGUCCACGCUGGGCGCUGCUCUCAUACCCCCCUCGCCUAGCUAUCUACAGAAGCAGCGCAGGUGCAGGAGAAGAUCUGGCGAAAGCUCCGCUGCAACCUCCACGGUUAUUGUGGAUGGCGACGAUGAUCUGGUCAUGGAGGAGACGGACGACGACAAGGAGGAGCCACCCGGCCAGGUGGACAGCUACUGGAAGCGCAUCAAGAUCGCGCUGGGCCUACGCACCGCAGCCUAUGCCAACAAGCAGGCGCUCAAGUAUGAGGAGCACACAGAUGCGUGCGAUCUGCUCGACGACAGCCGUUUCACUUGGUGGACCAAGUUCUACAAUUCCAUGUACGUUGAUCCGGACGAGACGGCGCAUCAGUGCAAGCACAGACUGGUCAUCUAUACCACGGAGCUGGAGCAGCAGCCGCAGUUCAGUUUUCUGCAGGAUUGGGCUGUUCCCGUGCCGCUAGUGCACGGCGUCAAGUUCCGAAAGAACGGCCCGCCCAAGGAGGAUGUCUAUGCCACAUUGAAGCUGCAGAUCAAGCUGACGCCCUGUCAAUGCACGGCACCAGACGAAGGAGGUGGCGGUGGCGAUGGCGAUAUGCUGCGUCCACUGGCAACCGCCAUGAAUCCGCGCCAGCAGACCCUGAUUAAGGCCCUGACAGAUGUGUUCAAAAUCACGGUUAGGGUCUAUAUAGUUCAGGGUCUGCAAAUACGGCCCAGAGAUUGGGUGUCGGACUCGGAUUCGUAUGUGAGGCUGACGCUGGGCGGCAAAAUGGUCUCGGAUCGGGCCCACUAUGUGCCCAACCAAAGUAAUCCCGUGUUCGGGCGCUUCUUCGAGCUGAACACAUCGCUGCCUGCCGAUCCCAUACUCGAGGUGGCCAUUUAUGAUCACGACAAGCGCAAGGAUCAAAUCAUUGGGUGCACACGCAUCGAUCUGGAGGAUAGAUGGCAGACCAAGCAUCGGGCCACAGUGGGCAUUCCACAGGAGUACUCACACAUCGGCUACAAUCAGUGGCGCGACCAGGCCCUGCCCUCUCAGCUGCUAAACAAUCUCUGCCAGCAGCGUAACAUUCAGCCGCCCUAUUUCUAUGGCAAUGUCAUCGAGGUGGAUGGCAUGCUCUUUGGCGAUGAGACCAUCAUUUCAAAGUCUGAGGAGCUGCAGGAGCGGCUCAGCUUGACGGCGCUCAAAAAUUUAGACAAGCUGCCCUCCUUUGGCUACAAGCUGGUGCCGGAGCACGUGGAGACGCGUUCCCUUUAUCGCGAUGACUCUCCAGGCGUGGUACAGGGUAAAAUUCAGAUGUGGAUAGAGCUGUACGAGCAGAACAUGUUCAUUCCGCCGCCCGUGGACAUAACGCCAAUGCCGCCCGUUGGCUAUGAGGUCCGUGUUGUGGUCAAAAAUCUGCGGGGCAUUCAGUUUGGCGAUAAAAAUAUAUUUGGCAAAUUAAUGAGCGACAUCUACGUGAUUGGCUGGUGCCAGGAUGCGAACAAGUACCAAGCGACGGAUAUACAUUACCGCUCAUUUGCGGGCGUAGCGGCAUUUAAUUGGCGCAUGAUAUUCGCUUUGAAAUAUGCGCCCAAUGAGGACAUGAUGGUCAUCAGGCGCAAGGGUGGCCUGCAAGGCGAGGAGAUCGAACUGAAGAAGCCGCCCAUCAUCCAUCUGCAGAUCUGGGAUAAGGAUGUUGUGACGCGUGACGAAUAUCUCGGCGCCUUGGAGGUGAAUCUGUCCAAUCUGCCGCUGCCCUAUCACACAGAGAGAAGCUGUCAGCCCUUUCCCAGGACACGCCAGCGCAUCAAUCUGUUCAAUCGCAAGACUGUGCACGGCUGGUUUCCUCUACAUGAUGCACCCGAGAGUCCAAACGGAGCACCCAACUCGAUGGGUGGCAAAAUUGAGCUGCAGGUGGAUGUGUGUACGGAGGCGGAGGCAUCCAAUUUGCCAGCGGGCCUGGGCCACCAGCCCCCCAUGGCCCUGGAGGCGCCCAAACGGCCCGAGACCUCAUUCAAUCCUCUAACGCAUCCCUUUAAGUCCGCGCAUCUCAUCCUGUGGCCCGUCAUACGCAAAUACGUGUUCAUUGGCCUCUUUGUCAUCUUCGUUUGCAUGGGCCUGACGCUGUUCUUUGCCAAUCUACCAAACAAACUGAUGUCCAUUCCCUUUAAAUGAUUCAAUGCCAAUUUUCACUUAACAUUUCUUUUAAUUAGCUAAAUUCACCCCAUUUGCUUAUAUUGCCUUAUUAAGUGUUAUUAAAUAGUUUAUUUAUGUGUA